CCUCCAGUGCUUAAAAUAUGAAGCCAAUGCCAAAGUGCUAAAAUCCAGCAGUUUACUGAAUGGCUAGCUCCAAAAGCAUCCCUUAAGACACCCAUGUUAAAAUGCCCGACUUUACAGCUCAAAUCUAAAUGUUCAGAGACAGUUUCAUAAAACGGUUUUGGUCUCAAUAGUUAAUGUUUCAGUUUGGGACAACAGUACGGGGUGAAUGUUUAACGUUUUUUUACUUUUUAGCUGACUCUCUUUGCUGACACCUUAUGUGCUCAUCUCUUUUAUCAAUGUGGCGUUGGAUACCAAAACAAAAGCAUGUGUGUUCAGCUGACUCAACCAAGGCUGUCUGUUCUUGAUAUAAUUGUCUGGAAACAGUUUUGUUUCUGUAAAUGUGAACAUUUUUGCAGAAGACUAUGCUCUCCUUCCACCAGCUGGAGUUAGUUUAAGCCUUUAAUCUUGGUUUCGCGUAAAAUCUGUUGUGUCCCCAGAUCAGCUUUUUACUAUCAUUAGAUUAAAGCAACAUAUAACAAGAGAAAGCUUAUAUAUGGUGGAGAACUAGACAAAUAAAGAUUGUGGUGUGUGUUUUCUGUCCUAGCAGUGUGAGGGAGUGUGAGGCCUCAGCAGGAUCUGUUCAGGGAAUCAGCUUCUUCUGAUCACUGCUACACAUCACCAACUCCCUGCUAACCUCUCUCUGUUUGAAUCUGUAGAUGACGAUCCAGAUUUUGUUGGUGCUGAUUGCCCUUUCAUGUGUACCCGGUAUGCUGUUUGUGAAAACUUUGAUGCUUCGGCGUCAGCACCUGUGGAAACUGGAACUGUCCAAGAAGAGGGAAGAAACCCCUGCAGAGAAUCUAGAGCAGUCUUUAGAGCAAACAGGCGUUUCCUCAUCACGCUCCGGACUCACCCAACAGGGCACGCAGAAGUUCGGAGCGGUGCGGGUGGGCAACGGGCCCACGGAGGACGAGGCUGGCAUCAUGGAACAUGACCACCUCUCCCAGCACUCAGAGGAAGGAGAUGAGCCCUCAGAAGAAGAGCCGUUUGACUUUGGUGAUGUAGCUGUUCACCAGGCCAUCCACACCAUCGAGUACUGUCUGGGAUGCAUCUCCAACACAGCCUCCUACCUGCGCCUCUGGGCCCUCAGCCUGGCUCAUGCACGUGAGUAA